UUUUAUGCUUAUGGCUCCCGAGCCAAAGGAAUUGCUCGCAAGUUGUCGGACCUUGAUAUUUGCUAUUUAGAAGACAUUCCAGACGCCAUCGUCUUUCAAAUCGAAGAAGAAUUUAAGGAAAUAGCCACUUUAAAAAAGUAUUUCAAUAAUCCUAAUUUAGCACCGGCUCGCAAUUUAGUUAAUUGUCAACGAGUAAUUCGCACUGAUGACUUGGCGAAUAUCAACGCCCAAUCAUAUCACCAAACUUUAUUUGAAAUGUUGGGAGAUUUUUCCAUUGGCAGUAAUUUUAAAGAGGAA